AUGCUACGGGUUAUGGUAUACGAGGGCGAGCUGUUUGUCGUCGAUGCCGGAAAGCCAGAGGAAUGCUACGUCACGAACGGAAACGAGAGAGAACGCAUUCUAGGAACCCUAGCACAAAUCGACCGCGCCGUCUCCACCACCUCAACAUCCGACCCCUCGAUCCCAAACGUCGAAUUCUCCCUCUCGCUCGACGAUCUGCCGCGGCGAUCCAGGAAACAGGGAACAUUCUUUGGGUACACCCGGAAGGAGGGUCCGGAGUACAAGGACAUUUGGAUGAUGCCAAACUACGCGUACUGGGCGUGGAACUAUACCCAUGCUCCAAGCUGGAACAGCAUCAGGAAAGAAAUUGAGCAGAAGGAGACCGAAUUGCCAUGGGCGAAGAAGGACCCUAGGAUCGUAUGGCGGGGCAAGGUCAAGAUGGCUAAGCUGAGGAAGGAGCUGGUCCGAGUCAGCGAAGGCAAGGAAUGGAGCGACAUCAAGCCUGUGGUCAUCAACAACGCCAGCGACCCGCAUACCAAGGACGUUAUGAAUCUGAGGCAAUUCUGCGGAUACAAGUUCACCGUCCAAACCGAAGGUACCUCGUACUCCGGCCGCCUUAAGUACCUCCAGCUUUGCCGCUCAGCCCUCGUUACACACCCUCUCGAAUGGCAAGAGUUCCACACUCACCUAAUGAGGCUUGCUGGUCCCGACGUGAACUACAUUGAAGCGUCCGAGAACUUUGGAAACCUCGAAUCGGCUAUGGAGUACUACCGUGCGCAUGACAACGAAGCUGAGGAGAUUGCAAAGAACAGUUACGAGACCUUCACCAGAAGGUAUCUGACACCAGCGGCAGUGACUUGCUACUGGAGACGGCUGUUUUGGUCAUGGGCGAGUGUACAGGGAUAUGAGCCACAGUUGUACGUACCUGACAAGGACGGCAAUCUGGUCAUGCGAGGUACACCAUGGACUGCCUUUGCGGCCAAUUGGCCCAAGGAUCCUGCAGCUAUUCCGUGA